GGAUGUCUCCAGGUAGGUAGGGGAGGGAAGCUGGCUGGCUGACUAACCCAUUAGCUGUGCAGUUGCUCCCAUAUUGCUUAGCGGAGCUCCAGCACAGAGUAAUCCAGCUGUCAGUGCGAGUAAGUGAGGCAGGAGAACUCGGAGUGUGUCGGCAGUGUGCACUCCCGGUGGGUACCACAAGGCCGGAGCUGGACUACAAGAUACACGAGCAGCAUUUGGAAAGAACUGCGGACACAUACGCACGCAUUUUCAAGAACAACAGGGAAGGAAAAGUCGUACGAGAUUAAAAAAAAAAAAAAAAAAACACUUGAGAGCAAUGCGCUGGCAGCAUGGCCAAAUGGUUCAAGGAACACCUAGGAUUCAAAAGCACCAAAGCGCCCCCUCCUGCUCCCCCGAAACCGGACUACAGACACUGCCACCCGGCAGCGCCCGGCACGCCCGGCACGCCCGCAUACCAUCAACAACAGCUCAGCGUUGGGGCGACUGCCCUGUACCUGAGCGCCGCGCAGCCAGAUAUUCUCGCCGCCUACAGGCUUCAGAAGGAGCGGGACUUCGAGGACCCUUAUACAGGCAGCGGCUCGUUUCCUGGACGCUCGGGUUCCACCGGAUCACCAGAUAUCAAAUAUGUUUCUCCCAAGCACCGGCUUAUCAAGGUGGAAUCGAUCGAGAAAUGCAACCCAAAUCCAGUCAGUGCCAACAGCUCAACCCCCGCCGCUUCCGCUGGGAACGUGAAAUCGCCCACUUCACCUCCCGCAGAACAGGAACACAAACACGAGAAGCCUGUUAUCCUAGAAGACUAUGCCGACCCCUUUGAUGCCAAACAGACCAGUGGGACCCAGGCAGCUCCAGAGCAGGUGAUGGAAAAUGAUGGCUACAUGGAGCCUUAUGAGGCCCAGAAAAUGAUGGCUGAAAUACGUGGGGGGCGAGGUGCGAAGGAAGGACUGACAAAGCCACUGCACCUCUAUGACACCCCCUAUGAGCCAGUGGAGAACGGGAGCGACUCGGACCCAGAACGAGGGACCCGCCCCCCCAGGGAGAGCCGUCUGCCCCAGGACGAUGAGCGGCCCCCUGAAGAGUACGACCAGCCCUGGGAGUGGAAGAAGGACCGCAUUUCCAAGGCAUUUGCAGUAGAGAUUAAAGUGAUCAAGGACCUGCCCUGGCCCCCUCCAGUGGGCCAGCUCAAUAGCAGCCCCCCCACAGAGGAGGGAGGGGAAGCCCCCUCGCUGCCAGAGGCACCCCCAGUACCCUCUUGCCAGACUGCUUCCGAAGAACAUAACGUCCAGUUCGAUGGUGCUGAGAAAUCACGUAUGUCGCCCACCAAGGAGGGCAAGGCACGGCCCCCCCAGUGCCACUCAAGUGGGAGCUUGUCAGGCGUGAAGCUUGGCUCCCUAGACCACAGCGCCUCCCUGGGGGAGAGGAUUGAUCCUACCCUGCCCCUCGAGAACCAGUUCUGGUACCAUGGCACCAUCAGCAGGACGGAUGCAGAGAACCUCUUGCGCCUGUGCAAAGAGGCCAGCUACCUGGUGAGGAACAGCGAGACCAGCAAGAACGACUACUCCCUCUCACUUAAGAGUAGCCAGGGCUUCAUGCAUAUGAAACUUUCCCGUACCAAAGAGAACAAGUACAUCCUGGGCCAGAACAGCUCCCCCUUCAACAGCGUGCCAGAGGUCAUCCACUUCUACACCAGCCGCAAGCUGCCCAUCAAAGGGGCAGAGCACAUGUCUCUGCUCUACCCUGUUGCCAUCAGGACGCUAUAGUGUAGCCACUGGGAGCAGCACUGGACAGAAAGCAAAUCUGCCACUAGGGCCUCCUCCCAACAUCACAAAGGUCAUCUCAUCUAGGACUAUUUAGAUCUGCAGAGUGGAUGCAAAUGUGUGCUUGUAAGUGUGUGCAUAAAUUAUUAAUAAUAGAAUUAAGCACUUGGCUAUUGGAAUUCUGGUUGGUUCUAAAAUCUGGUGAGUUAAUAGUAGAACUUGGGGGUGGCUUCUGUUUCAGUCCCAUCAUUGCAUGUAAUCCUCUUGAAUCACCAGUAGGAGCUGCUGUGCAUUCUGUGGUCCGGUGACCUGUCUAUUUUAUAUGUAUUAAUGAGACCCUCUUUGUUUAACACUGUCCUUCUUUGAAAUCAACUGUUGAAGUCUUUCUAAACGAGUCUCUGCAAGGUCUAAAAAGAAGCCCCCAAAGGUACUGCAGGUACUAUUCCCCAUCUGCGCAGUGACCAAAGAAGAUCCAAGAAUAACCUGUGCUGUAAUAAAAGCCUUUCUUGGGCUAAUGGUCUGAUCCUCAAAUGAAAUCCUUUAUAUACUGUUGUAAGCAGCCUGUUAUUCCAGGAUCUCCCAUGCAGUUUCAUUUUAUUAUUUUAUUACAAAGUUAUAAAAAGCUCCCCAGCUCAUUAUGGCUUAAACUGUGUUUCCACAGCUCAGCCUUACUGUGCUCUGUGCACUCUCACCCCUGUAGAGCACCAAAAAACUUCUCAUGGAACUAAAAUCUAUUUGAAGUUCAACAUCAAAGCUGAUCGAUAUAGUUUAGCAAUUUUAGACAGUUACACAUACUGUAGACCCCCCCCCCCCCCCCAAUAAGCUCUGCUUAUCUGUGUGUCCAGUCAAUAGGUAAUGAAAUGGGGCAUAUUUUUGCUUUGCUUUGAGGCCACAUUUAUAUCACAGUUUACAUUUCUCAGGAUGGAUUUCCAAGGGUUUGGCUUGUGUGUAGACUGUUUGUUUUUAUUUUUCCAUUUGGGGGGGACUGUAUGAAUUUCUCUCCUAAAUGACAUCGGGGCUGUAGUAUAAUUUAAAAAAUCCAGUGAUCAGAAAGACAGUGUUGCUGUGGUACUGUGUUGUUGUGCAUAGUAAUAGAUAACCACCCUCUGGUACUGUAAACUGUAAUUGGGGAAAACCCAUGGUUCUGAAGAUACAACUUGUUAUGAACACAGUCUGUCCCCAAGAGUAAUAACUGACUUCUCCGUGUAACAAGUGGAAUACCAAGUAUUUCCAUCAGCUACACUUUUUGAAAACUCAAAAACCAUUGACAUAACCUAGUUGAUUUACUUAUUGCUUAUAUAACUUGUGGAAACGUUUAUUUUUUUAAUGCAGUGGUGUGGGAUACAGUAUUACAGAACUAGUUUUUCUUCUGAGGUAUGGGUGUAUUUAAAGAAUUAAAGAACAAUGUGUUAUGUUUUAUUUUAUAAUAAAUUAUGUACAUAUA